AUGGACGGUCUCAAUCAAGGCCCCGCGCGCACACAGCUGUUCCGCACCUACCAGCGGACAUUCGAAGAAGCCGUCCGCAUCGCGCUUUCAUACGUCGAACAACUACGCCAGCCGCUCCACUUAACUCGCCUCAACCGCUUACCCCCUUCGGACCCCUCCGACCGGGUUCGCAUCAAGAUGACCGACAGCCACACUGCGUCUCAACCACGCAUCAUCGUCGACGUCCCCAUCAACUUCGACGGGUUCGACUCGCUCAACAUGAGCCAGUCCUGGAUUCAUCGGCGGGCCGCUGAUCACCUUCCCCCGUCCACCACCAACCCGCUUGGUCCUACGUUUGCGGCGAUGAGUAAUGAUCUCGCUCUUUCUACCCCCGUAGUGCGCUUGCUGGCCCUGGUCUGCAUCCCCCCUUCCGUUCCCCCAACAGAGUCGCUCUGUGUUGUCAUCGGCCUGGCCCCUUCAACGCUCCCGAUCGCUGCAUCGAUCCUUGCAUCCACGUUUAUCGAAGAAGCGUGA